UGGCUCUUGCAGUUUGAGUCGUGAUACGCGAUAAAUCAUCAUCUUCACCAUGAAGCUGCCAGUUGCCCUUCUGCUGAUCAGCCUGACACUGUGCUGCUACUCUGUUACUGCUGAUACGUGUCCAGUUCUCAUUAACAUUCUUAACAAGUACCUCUUUGGCUCUCUUCCGGAAUACAUGGAGUCAAUUGCUCCUUUUGUAACCGGUGAUGUGAUGAAGACUGCUGCUUAUGAGUUUAAGGGAUGUGUGCUUACAUUUUCACGGGAACAUACAGAAGCCAUAGGGGAAUUGAUGAAAAAUAUCCUGGAAAAGUGUUAAGAGGCACCAUAACUCCAGCGAUCUGCACCACUGAAAAGCUCAUCAUAAUCCUACCUGCUGAUUGCUUGUUGUUGAUUCCCUCUCUCUAAUUUUCUCUUCUUCCUGAUUCUUUGAUCAAGAGUUUUUAAUCUCUAAUGCAUAAAAAAAGCCACAGAUGAUGUUUUAGAUUUAAACUUUUUAUUUCAAUAAACCAA